GAAGUCAUUGCAGCUCACAGGUGCUGCAAUAAGAACAAGAUUGAGGAGCGCUCCCAGACGGUGAAAUGCUCCUGCUUCCCAGGGCAGGUGGCAGGGACGACGAGGGCAGCUCCCUCCUGCGUGGAUG